CGUAAACAUUGGAAGUUAAACAAAAAUUUCAAAUUUACAAAUAUCAAUUUUUAAGCAUACACGCGUUUUUUUAUGAGGUUUAUUGUACCCUUUCUUUAAAAGCAUCCUGAAAAUACUGAUGCUGUAUUCUGAUGAUAUGUAGAACAUAAGAUAAUUGUUUACUAUGCGCUUUUUUCAUCCUGUGAUUUUAAAUAGCGCUUUUAGAACCGCUUUUCAAAGUUAUAAUAAUGUCAGAAAAUUGAACUCUAUUGUGAAAGUAAUUAACACAAAAGAUGAUGAUUGUAUCCGUCUUACAUUUAAGUACAGUAGUUCACCGAAACUACUAGUUAAAGCUCCGAAAGACCAAAAUGUUCAAACAGUGCUUAAUAGAAUCAAGCUUAUGGUAGCAUUGCAAAGAAAAAAAGAAGAAAUCCGACAAGCAGUGUCUAAUAAAUACUCAGCUACAGCCGAUGGAAGCAUCAAAACAGUAGAAGAGGACGUCGAUGUUCACCUCUAUCAGAAUGAUGACUUACUAGACGAAAGUAUUUCUAACGAUCGUGCAUGGUCUCAGGCAUCUGUGCUUAAAAUUGGAGAGAUCCUGUAUGAAGUUAAUUACAAUCAACCAACAGUCACUGAACUCAGUUUGCCGGAGCAUAUAGUCGCAGGAUGCCCUUUGAGACCACAUUUUAUUCUUGAAUGUGCCUCGUUGGAAGACUGCAUUUUUAAAUGGUUUCGCUCCAUAUUAUCAACUAAUUUUUGUGAGACAAAUGAUAGCCUAGAUCAAAGAAACUUUUUUAUGAAUGACGAUAGUAUUUGGACUCAGGUGGGAGAAGACUUUAUUUAUUAUACGACUCCAGAAGAUGUGGGUUGCUACAUUAAAAUUGUGUGCACGCCACGACAUGGAAGUACUGCUGGAUUGGAUUUUGCAGUCAUGUCUAAAAGGGUUGUGGAAUCGGGCCCUGAUAUGUACCCAUUUGAAAUAAGACAGGCAUACACCAAAGAAUUAUGUGGUCCAGAUAGUAUUCGAUGUUUAUCGUAUAACAUUCUCGCCAACAUGUAUGUUGAGAGAAAGAGAUUUCCUUAUGCAACAAAGAAGGCGUGUGAUAUAUAUUAUCGAAAACAACUCUUACUCAAAGAACUCGUAGGAUAUAAGAGUGAUAUCAUUUGCUUACAAGAAGCCACAGAUAGGGUUUUUGAAUAUGAUUUGCUUCCAGUUUUGAAUUGUUCAGAUUAUCAAGGAAUCUUUACAAGAAAAGGAGGUCGUCGAUAUGAAGGGGUGGCUACAUUUUUCAGAGCAUCAAAAUUUAAAAUUCUUAAAAACUAUGGAGGAUUGCUAAAUGAAAUUGUGAAACAAAGGGAAAUUUUUAAUGAUUUAUUGGCCAAAGUAUCUGGUAAUCUCAAAGAUAUGAGUAGACUUCUUGCACAAGGCACUGCAAUUCAGGUUAUUCUUCUUGAAGAUAUAAUGAAUCCUCAUCGAAGGCUUUUGGUAGCAAAUACUCAUUUGUACUCAAAUAAAGAUACUCCAGAAGUACGACUGUUACAAGCUGCACUUUCUGCAUGUUAUGUGGAACAUAUAAUAAAAUCAGAGAACCUGUCAUCAAGUGGUUUACUAUUUUGCGGUGAUUUCAAUAGCUUGCCCGAUUCAGAAGCGUAUCACUUCAUGACAUCUGGUUCUUUUGAAUGUUGUCCUACUUGGAAAAAUAAUUCUACUUCAAAUGUAGAUGCAGUUUUAAGGCAUAACCUAUGUUUAGAUAGUGCCUGUGGUACUCCUGAGUAUACUAACUAUACAGAAGAAUUUAAAGGCUGUCUGGACUACAUUUUUUAUUCAACAAAAUACUUAAAAGUGACCGAUAUAGUGCCCAUGCCUAGCCAUGAAGCAGUCUCUGCACAUGUAGGUUUGCCAAAUGAGUAUUUCCCUUCAGAUCAUAUAGCACUUGUAUGCACAUUGAAGUGGAUAGAAAACACAUAGUAUUUCUGAAU